GUUUCUACAGUUCUUCUGUGGUAGAUUUUGACGUUGGAGAAGAAGGUUUCGGCAGAUCGGAGUUCUCCUAUUGUGUGCGAUGGCUUCCAAGAGAAUUUUGAAGGAGCUCAAGGAUUUGCAGAAGGAUCCCCCGACUUCCUGCAGCGCAGGACCUGUUGGUGAAGAUAUGUUUCACUGGCAAGCCACAAUCAUGGGCCCUCACGACAGCCCUUAUGCUGGGGGUGUCUUUCUCGUCUCAAUUCACUUUCCUCCUGAUUAUCCAUUCAAACCUCCCAAGGUUUCCUUUAAGACAAAGGUCUUCCAUCCUAACAUCAAUAGCAAUGGCAGUAUUUGCCUUGAUAUCUUGAAGGAGCAAUGGAGCCCUGCUUUAACCAUUUCAAAGGUAUUGCUGUCGAUUUGCUCACUGUUGACGGAUCCGAACCCUGAUGAUCCGUUGGUACCUGAAAUUGCUCAUAUGUACAAGGCAGACAAAGCCAAGUAUGAGCAGACUGCUAGAAGCUGGACUCAGAAAUAUGCAAUGGGUUAGUAUGGUAUGAAUUGAGGACCCCUACCCCUACCCCAACCCCACCCCCACCCCCACCCUCUACCUUUUAUCUGUUGAUUGGAUUUUAUGUAUGGUAUGAAGUAUGAAUUGAAUGGACAACUAAAAGUAAAACUAAAAUGCUGUCUUGGGUUUUAAUUGUGUAUAUGUACCGCCGUAAGUAAGACUUGUACUUACUUUGAGGAUCAUCUAUCUCUAUUAUUGUUUUCAUCACCA